AUCAUCAGGGGAAGAUAGAUGGAGAAUCUGUAUAACCCACGACCAAACGCCCCGUUCCAAUGAAAACCAUCCACCUCACCCUCCCCAGCUAACUCCCCUUAUCCACACUCCAUCCCACCCACCCACUCCCACCUCCAAUCUCCCCAGUCCCCUCCCCUCCACUCCACUAAAAAAUCUUAAAUCCAAAAUCCUCCCAUCCCAUCCCAUCCCAUCCAGGCAUCCACUCUCCCCUCCCCUUCCCUCCCCUCCCCUCCUCAUCAAACCCUCAAAUUCUUCUCCUCCUCUCUACAAUCCCAGAAGAAGAAGAAAAUAAAAAAAAAUGUCUCUCACAGUACCCACAAACCUCUCAAAGCCAAUUUUAAAACCCAAUCUAUCGACCUGGAAAUCAUCAAGGACUCCUACGGUGGUGUGCUCCGCGGCGGCUAAAUCGCAGCCGCUGCAGUCAUUCUCGGCUGCUGUGGCGCUGUCGUCCAUCCUGUUGUCGGCGGCGGCUCCAGCCGUGCCUCCGGCUUUGGCCGACAUAUCAGGUUUGACUCCGUGCAGGGAGUCGAAGCAGUUCGCUAAGAGGGAGAAGCAGCAGCUGAAGAAGCUGGAGUCGUCGCUGAAGCUGUACGCGCCGGACAGCGCGCCUGCUCUGGCGAUAAAGGCCACCAUGGAGAAGACCAAGAAGAGGUUCGAAAACUACGGGAAGCAAGGGCUGUUGUGCGGGUCAGACGGGCUGCCCCAUUUGAUUGUGAGCGGGGACCAAAGGCACUGGGGAGAGUUCAUUACACCCGGGAUCUUGUUCCUGUACAUAGCCGGGUGGAUCGGGUGGGUGGGUCGGAGCUACUUGAUUGCCAUAAGGGAUGAUAAAAAACCGACCCAGAAAGAGAUCAUCAUCGACGUCCCUUUGGCUUCUAGCCUUGUCUUCCGUGGGUUUAGCUGGCCCGUUGCUGCGUACAGAGAAUUCGUUAAUGGCGAACUCAUUGACCCCACCGUGUAAUGAAUUAGUACUAUUAUUUCGGGGACUGAUCUGUGGGAAAUUUCUUGUUUUUAUUUUUAUUUAUUUUUAUCAUUAUGUGUAAAUUUGUGUUUCUUUAUACCUAAUGCUCUCCUUUGGGAACCAAAA